AAAACGUAACAAAGUCACGUGACAAGAUCACAUGACUCUGCCGCACGCGUCAGCUGUUCGGUAGGAGCAGGAAAUAUGGCGAUCUUCAGUGUGUUUGUUGUCAAUAAGGCUGGUGGACUCAUCUACCAGUACGAUAAUUAUGUCACUCGGGCUGAAGUGGAGAAAACAUUUAGCUUUCCUCUUGAUUUAGUGUUAAAGAUUCACGAUGAGAAGGUAGUUGUUUCAUUCGGACAGCGGGACGGCAUCAGAGUGGGCCAUGGCGUUUUAUCGAUUAACGGGGUGGAUGUGAAUGGUAAAUACACGGCGGAAGGGAAGGAGAUACUGGAGUAUCUUAAAGAUCCUGCAAACUAUCCAGUGUCCAUCAGAUUCGGCCGACCUCGACUCACCUCUAAUGAGAAACUCAUGCUGGCUUCAAUGUUCCACUCACUUUUUGCUAUUGGAUCACAGUUAUCACCUGAGGUUGGCAGCUCUGGUAUUGAGAUGUUGGAGACUGAUGUGUUUAAAUUACAUUGCUUUCAGACCCUCACAGGAAUAAAGUUCAUUGUAUUGGCAGACCCUCGGCAGACUGGUAUCGAUGGACUAUUAAGAAAGAUUUAUGAAAUCUACUCGGAUUUUGCACUCAAGAAUCCUUUCUACUCUUUAGAGAUGCCUAUCAGAUGUGAGCUUUUUGACCAGAAUCUAAAAAGUGCCCUGGAAAUAGCAGAGAAGGCUGGAACAUUUGGACCAGGCUCCUGAUCUGGAUUUUCAUAUUGAAUAUUUACCUGACAGCAUUUCUAGAUGUUCAGCCAUGUCUUUAAAAUGAUUGUGGAGCUGGCACUAGGACUCUUCUUUACAGGAAGAGAAAAAAGACUUUCCUUCAGCCUCUUUUCAAAGCUGUUCAAUACAAACAUGUAAUGAGAUGAAAUUCUUGAUAAACCUGUAUAUAAUCUACAUUGACACCACUUAAGUUUCUUCUACAGGCUCUUGUACAAAGCUUUUUAAGAUUGCGGCUCACCAUGUGACUACAGCAUGACAUGUUUAUUUGCUAUGUUUACUGGAAUCUGUCCAAAUGUGUCUUUAGUAAUUUCAUAUAAUUUGCUUUCCGUCAGCAGAAUAUAAUCGUGUGGUUUGGAGUAUUUUCAAGUACACUGUACCUUGGACUUUAGUCUCCUUUGUUUAGGUCAAAAACAAAGUUGGUCAAGUUCAAAUGUUGGUAAAAUAGAGCAAUCGUAUCCUGGACAUGUAAAUGAUUACAGCGUAAUGUGAUUUAAAUGUUUUUAUUUAUAUAAACUCAUU